UGUGAGUUAAACAUAAUGAAGACGACAUCUGGGAUAGUCUCUCAGUUCAGUGUAUACCCUGUACUGUACUGUUACGCGUACACAUCUCCACAUGUUCCUUCCAUCACUACCUCCCUAUCUCUACCUGGAUUCUUAUCAUUCCUCUCUCUACUUCCUCAGCUCAAACAACCAAUAGUUAUUUCAGCUAUGCCUGCUGGUGCUUCUGAUAGAACCGUCAUUAGCAGUUCUGCCUUUGACAACCCUGAUGACCUUUCGGCUGAAGAUUUUGCAGCUCUUUCGGUCAACUCAGUAGCAGAUUUUCCCACCGUACUUCUCAGCAACAUCAAUUGGAACGGCGGCAUAAUUGGUUGCGUUUCUGUUUCCCUCAGCCCUGACAAUUUGAGGAUAGCAUCAGCUGCCUUCCACCUUCUGGGUUCCCUUUGGUCUGACAAAUCGUUUAAUACAGCCACCUACUGGAACACUACUUCUCCUUCGCAGCUAGUUCUCUCUAUUGCUGAUCUCACUAUAUUCAGAUUUCCUCCAGGUUCCCUGUGCUCAGCCUAUGUCAGCUCAGCAGACCUCGAGUAUGAGUUUACCCAAGAUAGCUCCGCCAUCCCAGCAGCCCUUAUUUCUCAAGCAGGCCUCUCCGAAUUCUGCCUCCGGGCUUUCUGUUACCCAACCUCAGACUCUUACGCCAAGCUGGUUAUUCUUUUGUUCCCUUGUUCCGAAACCCUACUAGCUCAGAACCCUCUCUACCUGGACCCUUACUUCCCGGGUCUACGACUGUACGACUCUGAGUUCUCGCUUUCCCCCCCUUCCUUACUCUCUCCGAUUGCUCGACCUUGGGGGUUUCCCCUCGCUGCAGCCGUUUUUCCUGGAGCUGACUGGGAAGAGGCUCCAGGCUUCCCUUCUGGUUUGAGAGUUCGAAUUGCCCUCAGCAAACUAUUCAGAUCUGCUAUCAAACCUGACGUCAAGGCCAACCUGCUAACUUUACAGCAAAGGAUUGAUUCUCUCUUGGACAGAGGUUCAAAUGCUCUACAAGUUCGAUUUCCGUUACUCCUCUGGCCAGAAGCCACUGCUGUACCUCCUACAGACCUUCCUUCUCAAGGGUUUUUACAACCUGAGCGCUUCAGUGAGACAGAUUCAGAUAAUCUUUCCGGCAUUCACACUGAUGCUCCUAAUCUCAGAUCCCAGCUACAGAGUGAAAUAGGUCGGUUUGUACGUGCUCCGGGCAGUAACCCUAGUAACCCUGUUGUACAGAACCCCGCUAACUCUAUCAGGCUGAUCCAUGCGGAUACUAAUUCUGACUCGUCAGUUGUGACUCAUCCGACAACCCGGAAAAGGUACUAUCUCAACUAAUUUCUAAAUCUUAUC